AUGAAGAUCAGAUGUGAUGCUUGUGACAUGAUUGAGGCUUCUGUGUUUUGUUCUGCAGAUGAAGCUGCUCUUUGUGAUGCUUGUGAUCACCAUGUCCACAAUGCAAAUAAGCUUGCGAGUAAACACUUACGCUUCUCUCUUCUUCAUCCUUCCUUUACACAAUCCCCUCUUUGUGAUAUCUGUCAGGAGAGACGUGCUUUUCUAUUCUGUCAAGAAGAUAGAGCUAUUCUAUGCAGAGAAUGCGAUCUUCCAAUCCACAAAGCUAAUGAACAUGCCGAGAACCACAACAGGUUUCUUCUCACAGGUGUCGAGCUCUCUACUUCCUCUUUAUACCCAACAACAUCCUCUUCCAACAGCUGCAACACAAACUCCAACACUAACAGGCAAAGCCCUCAACAGCCGUACCCACAGCAUCCCGGCAGCUUUUCCGAUAAAAUCUUCGAUACUCCUUCAGUUGAAAGAGCAUCACCAUCAGUACCUAACAAUUACAGCCAAAGCAGCGAUAACAUUUCAGUUUCUACAAGUAGCAUUUCUGAGUACUUAGAGACACUUCCCGGCUGGCGAGUCGACGAUUUUCUUGAUCCUUCAAUUGCUGCUCAUGAUGGCUCCUCUAAGUUGAGACUCGUGAACACCACCAUCUCUGCUGACUUUGUCCCUGCGAAUUUGACGCAGACUCUUGACAACAUCUCGCCAUUGAUAAUGGAUAUCCUGAAAGCUAUAUGA